AUGAGCCAGCUACUCACGGCGCGGCAGGCAGAGGAGCUACACAAAUCCAUUAUCGCCUAUCUCUCCUCGGUGAACCUGACUGAGAGUUCCGCUGCUCUGCGAGCGGAGCUAGGCGACUCGGUUUCCAUUGAUGAUGCGACGCUCAAGAAGUAUGAGGGGCUAUUAGAGAAGAAAUGGACCAGUGUAGUCCGUUUACAGAAGAAGAUCAUGGACCUUGAGUCCAGAUGCGCUGCACUCCAGUCAGAACUAGACUCUGCAACGCCUACUUCACUAUUGCGAAAGAACCAGGAUCCUACAUCGUGGUUACCGCGAUCCCCUGCCCGCCAUACACUCGAGUCCCACCGACAACCUGUCACAUGUGUUGCUUUCCACCCAGUGUUCUCUUCCCUCGCAUCCGGCUCAGACGAUACGACGAUUAAGAUCUGGGAUUGGGAGCUUGGGGAACUAGAACGGACUGUCAAGGGGCACACCAAGGCGGUACUAGACGUCGAUUAUGGUGGGCCCCGCGGCGGUACACUUCUGGCGUCCUGUUCAUCCGAUCUAACAAUCAAGCUAUGGGAUCCAUCUGAUAACUACAAGAAUAUAAGGACUUUGCCAGGUCAUGAUCACAGUGUCUCCUCUGUGAGAUUCAUUCCAUCUGGCGCGGCAGGCUCGCCUAUGUCGGGGAAUCUGUUGGUUUCCGCGUCACGAGACAAGACUUUGCGGAUAUGGGAUGUAACGACCGGAUAUUGUGUGAAGACAUUGUCAGGACACGUGGACUGGGUGCGAGCCGUUGCGCCUUCUCUCGACGGAAGGUUCCUCUUCGCUGCGGGCGAUGACCGGAUCCCUCGCUUGUGGGAUCUAUCAUCUGCGGAAACCAAAUCCACAUUCCUCGGGCACGAACAUGUCAUCGAAUGCGUUGCUAUUGCUCCCGCCGCCAGCUAUCCACAUCUUGCGGUUCUUUCCGGCUUGAAGAAGCCGCCCCCGGCUUCCUCAUCGGCUGAGUUUUUCGCCACUGGGUCUCGAGACAAAACUAUCCGGCUAUGGGAUUCACGGGGCAAUCUUAUCAAAACGCUUGUGGGCCAUGACAACUGGGUUCGUGCGCUGGCUUUCCAUCCAGGCGGUAAAUAUCUUCUAUCGGUUUCAGACGACAAGACCAUCCGCUGCUGGGACUUGACCCAGGAAUGCAAGUGCGUAAGGGUCAUCUCUGAUGUCCACGGACACUUUGUCACAUGCCUGCGAUGGGCACCACCAUUAAUCAAAGAUGGGGGAGCGAAUGGAGAGUCAGAGACCAAUGGGGCACCAGCGGCCACCGCGGCAACAAAUGGUGUCAGACCAGAUCCCACCGCGACCAACAAGAUCUCAAUCAGGUGUGUCAUUGCCACUGGCAGCGUCGACCAGAAAGUGCGAAUUUUCGCAACCUGA